CAUGUCUACAUCCUUUAAUUGACGGCCGAGUGCCAUGUGCGCUCGAAGCAGCAGCAAGCGCCAAGCUGGCCAGAUGUCAGCGGGCUGAGCAAGCACGCUCAUGCCCGCAGACGCCACGCAGGAUGCUUUGGUGCAGUGCCUCGUCAGUGUUGUGCGAGAAGGCAGUCAGCAACAGCAGGAGUUCAACAUACGCGACGGCAAUGUGAUACGGAUUGGGAGGAGCACUGCCAACGAUGUGAUGCUCGAUCGUGAUGGAGUUUCGCAGUUUCAUGCCGAGCUGUUUAUUCGCACCGCUUUGCAAGGUGCCAGAGGCCUUUGCAUUCGCGACAACUCCAAGAAUGGCACAGGGGUCCGACCUGGAGCGUCCAACAGCAGCGCAUGGGAGGCAUUGCAUCGAGGUGCAUUCAAGGUCCUGGGGGAUCGUUGGCAACUGUUGCUGCCGAUGCGUGGGCACCGCAAAGGCACUGUGCCUGAAUCAGCAACGCUGACUGUGCGCAUCAGGAACCAGGUUUUUGCCGGGGAGGAAGCCGAACUGGAUGGGGAGGAGUGGCAGCCCUGCGACGCUGAGAGCCCCGGUGCGUGCCAGGAGGACCAGACGCGGCUCAGACCGGCGGCAAGCAGGCCCCCUCCACCUCCAGACUUGGAUGGCGGAGCAUUUGAGGAGCCUCCGCCACCACCGGUGCCACCUGAAGGGCGUGCGACACCGAGCCCGGGCUUGCCGGAGGUGCCAAAGAAGCUCAUGGAUGAGCAUGUCCGAGCUCGAAUGCAAUGGAUGGGCUUGGCAGGAAAGAGUGUUGAAAGUCCAACAGCCACGCCCGAGCAAGUCCAACUUGAGCUGGACGCCGCGCCGUGCAAGCACCACCAGUCCCCACCGCGACCCUCGCCAACAAGCUCGCAAGGUCCACCCUUAGCGCAGGCGUCUCCGGCAGCUCAAGCACCUGGUGGAUCUCCCUCGCCUCCCGCGGCCAAAGCCAUCCCAGCCCUGGAUCCCAAAGUUGCAGCUGCUUGGGGCCUGCCGCUAUCGCUCGCAGCACCGUCCGCCCAAAGUCUGCGGAGUCCAAAACGGUCUCGAAGCAGGCCACAGAAUGGAAAGAAGAAAGCCAAAAAGACAAAGGAGUCUGGCAAGCGCCUCAAGAUGGGCCACUCAAAUGAAGAGGCCAGCUCAGACCAGGAGCGUGAGGCAAAGAAAAGCCACCGGCAUUUGAAAAAGAGCAAGAAAAAGAACAAGCACGUCAAGGCCUCCAAGCACAAGAAGAAGCAGAAAGCUAAGCCAAAAAAGGAGGAGGAUUCAGACGACGCUACGCAGAUUGCUGAGGAGGCCGCACUUGAUAUGGUCGCACGGGAGCUGCCCCUGCUAGCGCAACAGGACAUGCCCGAUGUCCCAGCUGGCAAGGCAGCUGUGUCCUGCCUCGCCUGCGGCGUGGUGGUUCGCGCGUCUUGGAAUCCGGUGGCCGCCUCCUUGGCACAAAGGACGCCUUAG